AUGGGCAAGCGACCUGUGUUGAAGCGGAACUUCGGGCUGUGGUCGAUUUUAGGAUUCAGCUGUACAAUUCUGAUUACUUGGGAGGGCAUUGUUGUACUUUUCCUACAAGCAUAUGAGAAUGGUGGACCAGCAGGCGCUGUGUAUGGUUUCAUCUUCGUCUGGAUUGGUGUCGCAUCGACAUUUGCAGUUCUAUCCGAGUUGGCGUCAAUGUAUCAGUCCCUAGAAUUCAAUUGGUUUAAGACAAAAGCUAAAAGAUCGCCAGGGCUCCCACCUCAGGCGGGCAAUAUCACUGGUGCUCAAUGUUGGCUUACUGUCAUUGGAUGGCAAGCAACGUUUGCAACAUCAUGCUAUCUAGUCGGCACUCUCAUCCAAGGCCUCAUCGCCCUGACUCAUAGCAAUUACCAGCCUCAAAAUUGGCAUGGAACGCUUCUAUUUUGGGCUGUUGCUGUAUUCUCUCUGGCUAUCAACCUUGUUGGUGGUAAUUUGUUGCCACGACUUGAAGUCUUCAUUCUUGUGCUUCAUAUCUUGGGCUUCUUCGCCAUUCUCAUCCCUCUAGUCACGACGGCUGAUCAUGGGAGUGGGAAUGAAGUCUUCACUGAAUUUCUGAACCUUGGAGGCUUCCCCUCUCAAGGUCUAUCAUUCUUCGUUGGGAUGGUUGGGUGUAUAUUUGCAUUUGCUGGAGGCGAUGCUGCUGUUCAUAUGUCCGAGGAAAUCAAGAAUGCAUCAACCGCUGUGCCUGCUUCAAUUAUGCUCAGCGUGCUCAUCAAUGGAUUCCUUGGGUUUGGAAUGCUGAUCGCUAUGCUCUUCUGUCUCGGGGACAUUGAAGCGGCCCUCAAGUCUCCGACGGGGUACCCAUUCAUGUCUAUCUUCCUCCAAGCCACCGGUUCCGUUGCAGGCACUGCUAUCAUGGGCUCGAUCAUCACUACCAUGGGCAUCAGUACAUCGGUUGGCAUGUUGGCAACAACAUCGCGCCAAUUUUGGUCUUUCGCUCGCGAUCGAGGUAUUCCAGGCUGGCGAGUCUGGAGUCAGGUUCACGGUAAAAAUGCAGUGCCAGUUUAUUCGAUCUUACUUUCAGCAUGUGUUGCUUGUCUGCUUGCCCUCAUAAACAUUGGCUCAUCGGUCGCCUUCAAUGAUUUAGUAGCAAUGUCCAUUUCUGGGCUCUACCUGUCAUAUAUGACCGUAGCAGGCCUCCUUCUCUAUCGCCGUUGUACCGGACAAAUCAGUUCCUCCGAUGAUGGCGACGUCGAGAUGGUGAAUACAGCUGGCGCAAAGCUGGUUUGGGGGCCAUUCCACAUUGCUGGAGUUUGGGGCGUUCUUGUCAACACAUUUGCGCUCAUCUACAUGAGUAUUGCGAUAUUCUUCAGUUUCUGGCCCCCGUCUUGGAUGGUCACUGUCGACUCAAUGAACUUUAGCGUUGUUGGAACUGUGGGCGUGGUACUCCUCAGUUUGAUCUACUACGUCGCACGGGCACGCCACAUCUACGAUGGCCCCAGAGUGGAGAUUCAGUAA